AUGGAUUUCCGGUCUCAACUAUCCGCUUUCAAAAGCGGAGGUGGCAACAGUGGAAGCAACAACAACAACAACAACAACAAUGGUGGUGGUGGUGGUCGAGGAUAUCCCAGUUCCAAUUCUAGUCAACGAGGCUACGGUAACACUAACAGUUCAUCUUCUAGCUACUAUGGCCGAGGCGGUGGUGGUGGUGGUGGUGGUGGUGGAAGAGGAGACAAUUCUCAUCAUCGUGAUCGUGAUCAUCAUCGUGACAGCCAUUCUCACCGUGAUCAUCAUCGUGAUGAUCAUGGCAAGCGUCGAAAUCGACCUUGGGGAAAUAAUGAUGGUGGUGGUCCUCCACAACGUCGGCGGUACCAUUCUCCUGACAGAGACGGACUAGGUGAAUUGCGACAAUUUGGGUAUAUCAUUCCCAAGGGAAAUCCAGCCUUGCCCUCGGUGGCCCUCCAAAAGAAGAAAACAAAGCACAUUGCUCUUUUGGCCAUUACGAUUGAUGAUUUGCCAUAUGAACACAUUUGGAAGGCAUGGAUUGAUACUUUGAAUAAUUCAGCGUCGACAAAAGAUGAGUACUAUAUUUCCUUGGUCUGUCACGCCAAAUUUCCACACAAAGUCACCACUCCCUGGUUGAAAGAUCGUCUGUUACUGCGACAUCCUAAACUUGGACGAGGGAAUUCGUACCUAGACCCAGAAUACUUGUCUCGCAAACCCGAAUGGGGGUCUGUGGAAAUCACGAGGGCCAUGUUGGACUUGCUGCAAGAAUCGGCCAAGAUUGGACAAGACGAUCAAAAGGAUCCUCGGUUUUCCUCCAAUCGAUACGUCGUCCGAAUGCCAGGACAAACUGUGGAUACUACAGUGCCUCCUACUCCCGAAGCUACUGCAGAGUCUACUGCCUUACUUCCAUCCGUGGAUCAGUUUUUGUUUAUAUCCGAAACCUGUCUGCCGAUUCGCACGGCUCCCGAACUGUUUCGAUUGUUGCCGGGACCCACAGUUUCGUGGAUCAAUGGUCGUCACCGCAAGGACCCCAAGACGCCCAAGAACAAAUACGAAGAUGAUCAAUUUGGUUUGAUUUCCCGCAAGAUUCCAGGACAAUUUCGAUGGAAGGCAGAUCAAUGGGUCUUGCUGGGACGAUUGCACGCGACUGCGAUUUUGGCCAUGGACCGACCUCAUUUUCAUCCGAGACAUCAAUUCUGGCAACAUUUUCGGAAUAUCAAUGCCAGUGAUGAAAUGUACAUUCCAACGGCCCUGGCAAUUUUGGGAUAUUUGCGAUAUACUCUCGAGGGAGAAGAUACUCAACGGGCACGAAACAACCUGACUGCUGGUGAAACUGAAGCUACUGCUACGAGUCCCAAAAAUGCUGCUGCCAAGAAAGAGAAGGAGGACGACAAAGCAAAGAUUGCACCUAUUCCCAUUUUGCCGCCUCCACCAGAAAUGGUCCUCAAACGUGCCGUCACUUACACGGAUUGGACCGAAGGCAUGCGCAAUCCAGCCUGUUUUACGAAAGGCAUUUUGGAGUUUGGCAAGGUGGCUCAAUUGGCGCGAAAAGAGGGAUGCUUGGUGGCCCGUAAAUUUGCGCCCAAGGUGGUCAUUCCAGGAGAAGAGGCCUCGAAAGAUAUCACUCAAGAAAAGGGUUACAUCACUGCAGAAGAUUGGUUAGAGGCUGUUCAAAAGAUGGAACAAGAAGAUGCGGAAAAGGCCAAACUAGAGGAACCAGUAGCAGUAGAGAGCAAGGAAGCAGUGGAAGAAGAUAAUUCUGCCAAGCCAGAGGAAGAAACAAAAGAAGCACUAGGCGCAGAGGACGAGCCUACGCAAGAGCCAAAGGUUGCUUCUAUAAAGCCAAAUAACACAACGAAUAACGAUUCUGACGAAGAGGGUGAAGAAGAAGAUGAUGACGAUGAUGAUCAACAAGAAAAUGAACUAGAGUAA